AUGUCUCCCAUCGUUGUCCGAUCUGCCGCCCGCGCUGUCCAGCGUCGCCAGUUCUCUCUCCUCACUGCUAUGCGAAAUGCUGGCCGGGCCAUGGAAGCUCAUCCCUUUGAGCGAAUUCCCAUCAGCCAGAAGCCUGCUAAGCCCGACUACGCCAAGAUGAUGAAGCGAGUUGGCAGCCAAGCUCUCUUCUUCUUCCCUGGCUUCGCUGUCAUCCUUGGCUGGCCCAUGGCUGCCCAGUAUGCCUUUGACGGUAGACUGUAA